AUGUUCAGACAAACCGUGAGACAAUUCACCACUACUGCUCGUCGUGCAAAUCUCAUUGCAGACCUUUAUGUCAAGGAAUUAAAGGCGUUCAAGCCAACCCCAUUGUCUGCAGCAGAUGCACAAUCUGCAACUAAGCCAUGGAAGUUACCAUCACCAGCAAAGGUUCCAGCUUUAGAAGCAGAAGGUGCUGAUGCCUUAGCUGCAUACGAUGCAGAACCUGUUGAAGUUGCAUCUUCUGGUAAUGGUGUCGUUGCUGAAGAAUACAAGCCAGAUGACUGGUUUGUCUUCCCAGCUGAUGUUGAACCAGGUCACCACCACUGA